CACCAAGGCGAGGCCAGCGGCAGGAGGAGGGGAUAGUGACCCAUUCCUGAGAAGGCCCUAUCCUGGCAGAGUCGCAGGUCACCCAGGACGCCUCCCCAGAAAUUUCCUGCGGCCAAACAGGGCUGAUUAAAGAUCUCUGCGAGUGCUGAGUCUCCAGGCUGAACCCGCCUGACCACAACACCAGGGUCCUGGUCCUGCGAUUCGGAGGUCCUUAUCCUGUGGCGCUGCAAGUAGAAGAGGCCUUGGUGCAGAAGGUGGCAGACCCUGAAUCAUGGAUUCUGUUUCUGAAGCAAAUGGCACCUUUGCCUGCCAGGUUAUGAAGAUGCUGUGUCAAGACAGACCUUCACAAAAUGUGUUUUUUUCUCCCCUGAGCAUCUCCUCUGCCCUGGCCAUGGUCCUCCUGGGGGCAAAGGGCAACACCAAGGUCCAGAUGGCUCAGGCAUUGUCUUUAAACACAGAAGAAGACAUCCAUAAGAACUUCCAGAUGCUUCUCACCCAAGUGAACAAGCCUGGCUCAAAGUACUUGCUUACAACAGCCAACAGGCUCUUUGGAGAGAAGACCUGUGAUUUCCUCUCAACAUUUAAGGAGUCCUGUCUUCAGUUCUACCAUGCGGAGCUGGAGCUGCUGUCCUUUGCUGAAGCUACAGAGGAGUCCAGGGAGCAUAUAAACACCUGGGUCUCAAAAGAGACAAAAGGAAAAAUUCAAGAGUUGCUGCCACCUAACUUGAUUGAUGAGCAGGCCAGGCUGGUUCUUGUCAAUGCCAUCUACUUCAAAGGAACAUGGGACGAGCCAUUUGACAAAACAUGCACGUGUGAAAUGCCAUUUAAAAUAAACCAGAAGGAGGAAAUACCAGUGCAGAUGAUGUGUCAGGAAGCCUAUUUUAACAUCGGCUACGUGAAUGAGGUGCAGACUCAGGUGUUGGAGCUGCCCUACGCCAGCAAGGAGCUGAGCAUGAUCAUUCUGCUCCCAGACGAUGGUGUGCUUCUCAGCUCGGUGGAAAAUAACCUGACUUUUGAGAAAUUCAUAGCCUGGACCAAGCCAGCCUCUAUGAAGAAUAUUGAAGUGGAAGUUUUCCUUCCGAGAUUUAAACUGCAGGAGGAUUAUGACAUGCAGUCUGUGCUUCAGCGUCUGGGAAUGGUCGAUGCCUUCCAACAGGGCCAGGCUGACUUCUCUGCCAUGUCAACUGAGACAGAGCUGUGUCUGUCCAAGGUUGUGCACAAGAGUGUCGUGGAGGUGAAUGAAGAAGGCACUGAGGCUGCAGCGGCCACAGGCAUAGCAAUUAUGGGAUGUUGUGCGGCCUGUUUACCGAGGUUCUGUGCUGACCACCCCUUCCUCUUCUUCAUUAGGCAUAACAAAACUAACACCCUUCUGUUCUGUGGCAGGUUCUCAUCUCCCUAAGGGUUGUACUUCCUCUGUAUGGAGAGUUUCCCUCUUUCACUGUCCCCAGAUUCUCUCUCUAGUUCCAUAAGGAUGGUCCUAUACAUGAAUCAAUUUCGAAAAUGAGGGCAGGGUCCUAAACCUUCAGAACAACUUACCAGCAUGAUCUCAUAAUGCACCACACUCAGCUGUCCCCAUACUGCCCACUCAUUUGUACCAUGGAACCAGGAUCCUAGCAAAUAAUAGGCUGUCUUGAUUUCCUGUUGUAUUUAGGAUGAAGGCAGUACAGAUGCCAUAGGAUAGUUUGCAAAGAUUUCCUAGCUGUCCCCAAAUGUAUUUCCUAGUCAUUUCACAAGCGGUGCAUACUUGUUAUGCUGUGCUUUCCUGGCACCUCACAUCUUGCCACACACUUGCAUUAACCUGACUACCUCAAUAAUUGUGCCCACGUGAUUGAGCACCUCCCUGACUGGGUUGAGGCGUUCCAGCCAAGCUGUGUCAGAACUAAUGCCCACCCUUUUUAGGUGCGAGAGCCCGUCCAUGUGGGGGUUUGACUGACCACUGACCCAGAGACCAAUCACUGACCCUGACCUUAGAAUGCUGUCCCCCUUGACCUUCAUUGGAUGGAAUUUUCCCCUGAAUUUCUUGUUCCCCAAUAAAAGGCCACUCCCUGG